AUGGCCUCCGGCUUCGAAGUCGUGGGCCUAGCCCUAGCUAUAUUUCCUCUCCUCGUGGAAGGACUCAAAUUCUAUAAGGAGCACAAAGGCCAUGCAAGAGACUUCAUACAAUAUCGACGGGUCCUCAGGCAGAUUCGCUUCUUGGAGAGUAUUUCCGUAUACUAUGGGCUCGGAGCGCAUGAAAUAUUGGAGAUGGUGAAAGAUCCGCAGGAUGCUCGUUGGCGUAGAAAGAUUCUGUUUGAUGAGGAUUCCACGAGGGAAAGUUCAGUUACAGUGUUCAUGGAAACCGUGGAGGACAUGAACGAAGUACUUAUCAAAAUCCAAGACUUGGUGGGGUUACGCGGAAAUGCCCAGGUGAGCGACGAUCGUGUUGGUUCAAGGUUCUCGGGCCGCCGCUUACCCAAUUUUCGGAGACAGCCCGCUAUGCUUGAUAAAUCCACGCUUCGGCGACAGUGGGACAAAGUUGCUCUUGUGCUCGGCGAAAACGACAUUAAGGGUCAUCUCGAGAGAGCUCGUGGACUCAAUAUAUUCCUGGCAUAG